AUGGGGGCUCCUACUCUUAGGGUGCGUCAGAUCCGUUGGCCGGAUCAAUCCGGCCGGCCGGAUCUAGCGAAGGUUACACAUUCACGACAUUUCAACUACAAUGCCAUCGCCUCUCCGUCUCACCCCGCGCAUUCCCUUCUAGUCCGCCAUCGCCUCACUCUUAGCUAUGGGUGCGCGGUGGAGGAGGGGCGCAAGGUGGCGAAUUUGAAGGACCCGGAGAAACUCAGGAUGGUGCUGCAAGCACUCAAGUGCGCCAAGGACCUGCUGAUCUCCUACGCGGGCCUCUCCCUGCAGCACGCGGACAUGUUCCCCUCGCCCGCGCGUCCGCGCGCGCACCGGCGCUCGUCCCCGCUCACGGACUUCAUCGCGGGGGAGCCGCUCGCGCUGCUGCUCGCCGCCGCGGGCGGGACGGGCGUGGGCGUGGGGGAGGCGGCGGGGAGCCUUUUUCCGGCGGGGUUCCUGGCGCAGCUGGUGCAGCGGUUUGAAGGGGAGGAGCUGGCCGACAUCAUGCAGCCCGUGCUCAUUCCAGCAGCUGUUCUCGAAGCGGUCGGAGCGGCGCAAGGCGAAGCGGAGUUACUUUGUGGCGGUGCGGUCGGCGUCACAUCGCGGCAGCUGCUGGCGGCGCUGCACGAGACGAGACGAGGUGCUGCGCGUGCUGCUCAACGCCCCGCUCACGCGCCACAAGGCCCUCCAGCACCUCGCUGCACUCAUCCGCACCAUCGCCAACCGCGCUGCCCUGCAGCUCUGCGAGCCCUUCCUGGCCUGGACCUCUCCUGCUCCAAGGCCGAUCGCAUCGACCCCGCCUUCUGUCCCUCUCUAUGUGCUGUAUCGUCGCGCUUCUUUCUCUGUUCUCUCUGCUCAAUCCCCACUCCCCACUCCCCAAUCCCUUCUCUCACCUAUCCGCUCUCUCAUCUGCCUUCUCCGCGCUGCCCUCUGCCCCCUGCUAUGCACGAUAUGCUCAGUCAGUCCCCUGCACUUUCUGGCUUCAUGGGUGGACCAGCGCAAUCCAGCACGCCAGCAGUCCUUCCUGCAAGCCCAGCGCCACAGGGAGCAGGAGGAGCACCAGCCUCAGCCACACAAGGGGGGUCCCCCGGAGGGAUUUCAGCAGCAGCCGGGCCGGUGCAGAGCGGUGCAGGGGCUGGUGCAGGUGCAUCUGCAGCACCGGACAGGGCUGCUGGCGCUGGCGCUGGGAGUGGCAGCAACGGUGGUGGUAGUGGCGGUGGUGGGGGGGGAGCGGAGCGGACCUCACUCACAUUCAACAGGUGCGCACUGCAGGGAGGGGGGAAAGGGGGGAAGAGGGGUCUGCUGAGAAUGGGCAGGGACGACUGGGAGGCGCUGCGGAUGUUGGAGGAGAUGAGGGGGCCGGGCGAGCCAGCGGACCGGGAGGGGCGCAUAGCACAGCAGCAGGCGCGCGCGGGCCAGGCCAAGGCGUUCACUCUCUGCCACGAGGCCGCCCUGCAGGGCGAGUUUGUGAGCUUCAUAGUGAUGCUCAUGGCAUCGCCGCUCUCCAUCAAGAACCCCUACCUGCGCGCCAAGAUGCUCAAACUGCUGCAGCACUGGAUGCCCUCCCACAGCUUUAGGGGCUUUAGUCUUCUAUUCCUGCUCCUCUCCGCCACUUGUUUACCAGUCUGGUUCCUCUUCCCUCCUCGCCUCUUCUCUCCUUUCCGCUAUUCUCCUCCCCACGCACUCUCAGCUUUGGGGGCUUCAGAUGAGAGCCUCACGGAGCCCAUGCCUGCAGGUCCGCGGCGAGCAUGUGGUGGCCAUCGCGAGGUUCCGGCUGAGCCUGGCGAGCAACAAGCGGUUGGGCAGGCGGAGAUGGAUGCCAUCGGCCCCUCCUCUCCCGCCCCUCCUCUCCCGCCCCUCCUCUCCCGCCCCUCCUCUCCCGCCCCUCCUCUCCCGCCCCUCCUCUCCCGCCCCUCCUCUCCCGCCCCUCCUCUCCCGCCCCUCCUCUUCCGCCCCUCCUCUCCCGCCCCUCCUCUCCCGCCCCUGCUCUCCCGCCCCUCCUCCCCCGCCCCUCCUCCCCCGCCCCUCAUCCCCCGCCCCUCCUCCCCCGCCCCUCCUCCCCCGCCCCUCCUCUCCCGCCCCUCCUCUCCCGCCCCUCCUCCCCCGCCCCUCCUCCCCCGCCCCUCCUCUCCUGCCCCUCCUCCCCCGCCCCUCCUCUCCCGCCCCUCCUCUCCCGCCCCUCCUCCCCCACCCCUCCUCUCCCGCCCCUCCUCUCCCGCCCCUCCUCCCCCUCCCCUUCCACCCACGGCUGCCCGCACACCCACUCCGCCCUCAAGCCUCCUGCGUGGCACGUCGCACCGGCGUGCUCCGCGUUCGCAGGUGGCGCAGCAUUGGCGCGCGCGGGGAGUGCGGCUGGUCCGCUAUCAACUACGUCAGAUGAAAUGCAACUUUCGUGAGUGCAGCAGGUGCGCGCCCUCCUCAACAACUUCCUGUCCGUCUGCGUGA